AAAUCAAUCAGAAAAAAGAAAAACCCAGAACCAAAUCUCAGUCAUCGACUCAUCGUUCUAGCCAUCUCACGAAAUUCAGAGAGGAGAGAGAAAGCAAAAAGAUGGCGGAAGAUCUGGUAUUAGACACAGCUAUAAGAGACUGGGUUUUGAUACCCUUAUCAGUAGUGAUGGUUCUCAUUGGUGUUCUUCGUUACUUCGUAUCUAAACUCAUGCGCACCUUCCAAAACCCUGAUGGCAAGAUCGUCAAAGAAGGGCAAGUGGUAAUUAGGGCGAGGAAUUUGAGGUCUGCUGCUAAUUUCAUCCCUUCUAAGUCGUUUCGAGCUCGCCGAAUGUAUUAUAACAACGAGGAAAAUGGGCUUCUACAUGUUCCCAAAGGCCAAGCUCCAAAUGCUCAAGCUCAAAUGUUUUCUGAUCCAAACAUGGCUAUGGAUAUGAUGAAGAAAAAUCUGUCGAUGAUUAUACCUCAGACUCUCACUUUUGCUUGGGUGAACUUCUUCUUCUCUGGAUUUGUUGCAGCAAAAAUCCCAUUCCCUUUGACUCAGAGGUUUAGGUCAAUGCUCCAGAAUGGUAUAGACUUGAGCACUGUUGAUGUGAGCUAUGUCAGCAGCAGAUCAUGGUAUUUCCUCAACUUGUUUGGACUCCGGGGUUUGUUCAGCCUAAUUCUAGGGGAGGAAAAUGCUAUGGAUGACACUCAACGCAUGAUGCAAAUGGGUGGAUUUGGCUUUGACUCAUCAAAGAGCUUGGGCGCUGAGAAAGAUGGCCUUGACAUCGUUCAGCAUGAUUGGGUCCUUCCCAAAUUCGAGCAGCGAGCUGCGUCAGUCUUGAGGAAGCUUGCCAAGUCAUGAAUUUCGGGGUUGCACGUAAUCUGAUCCCAGGACUUGUAUUGAUAUUAUCAAUUUUAAAAAUAUUGUCACUUCUAAUUUAGCAGAAUUGUAGUUAUAUUUACCAGUGCACAACGUUUUUGGCUCUCAAAUAUGAGAUCCUUUUGUAUAAGAAGUCCCUUUCCAGGCA